AUGUCUUCUGCAAAGUAUUCGAAACGAAAUUUUAUAGCGAUGUUGUUUUUUGAUCAGUCUGAAGAUUGGAGCCUCUUGAACUUCCUAAAGUAUCUUGACUCAGUGAAGAGUUUAGACGACCGUUCUGAAGCACAUCAUAAGUAUAAAAUUCUUUUGAAUAGUAUCAAGGAUAAUAAAGAAAUGUCAGAAGAAAAAAGAAAAAAGGCUGAACAGGCACUGUUAACUUACGAAUCAACAGUUGAAGCUGAAAAACCUCCGUCAAGGCAGAAGGCUACGAAAAGUACCGAAAGAAUUAUCGACCAAAUUAAUAUAGUACAAGAUGAAGCGAGUGAUGUUUUAGUUCUCAGCAAGAGAGACAAUCUUAGGAGACUACGAUCAGAUUUUGAAAUUGGAGACAAUACCGAGGGAGAUGGUGGACUGGGAAAGAAUAAACCUGAACGUUCAUGUAUACUGAAAAAUAAGAUCCGUACUGUUAUAUUCGAUGAAUAUGUGAAGACCAAAACGUUUAAUAACUCAUUUAAUAAAUUUGUUGACUCUGGUGAGACUUCUGGCGAGACUACAGAAAUUGCCGUGAAUAUUUAA